AGUCUUUCACGCACUUUGUUCGUGGUUGGUCGCGCGCAACAAAACUAUAUAUCGUUUUUGGUUGUUUAUAUAUUUAUUUGGUUACUUAUCGUUACUACUGAGUUGUUUUCUGGUUCUCAUUUUUUGGCGUUUAUAAUUUUUUUCGUCGUGUCAAUAAAAUUGAGUAUACUCAGUGGGAUCAGUAGUCCAGUGUGCAUAAGCCAAAAUUGUAUGGUCGCAAGCACGAAAAAAAAGAACAAAAAAAAUUGUCUGCCGAAAUGAAUUGCAUCGACAAAAUGCACACUGUAUAAUUAUAGCCAGUAUACAAGUGUGUAGCUAGAGAGGAUAUAUACAUCGUUGAAAGGAGCCAAAGAAAUUUCUGAAGUUCAAUAAAGAGUGACGAGAACAAAGUUAAGAAAUUGUGAAUUACAAAGUGUGUUACGGUGUUAGUUGUCGUCGCGAUCAUCAUUAUUAUCAUCAUUGUCAACGCAGCUGCAUUAUUGAUCCUCAGUACUGAAAAAACAGAGAAUAAUAAUAACAAAAUACCGCCAAUUGUGUACGCCGCCACAACACAGCAACGUCGACAAGUUGCGACGAAAAUUGAACACACCAAAACCAUAAUUAGCUAAUAAUACAUAUUUUGUACGACAUUCAAUACAAAAACCGGACAAAGCACAUUCGUGUGUCACAUCUUAUUCAUUUCGUUGUUGCCGCGAACAAUUCAUGAAAAUAUUGUCAUACAACACAACAACCCGAACAAAAACUUGAUGUGUGUAAAAAUGAAUGGCAAAAACAUUUUUGAAUAACAUUGAAAAAUAUCAUUCAAGUGACAUACGAUUCCGAUCAAUCUCUGCUGUGCAGAGAAAAACACGAUUUGAUAGUGCCGAAAACUAAGAAAAAGCGAGAACAAAAUUGCAAACGAACGAUUUGGAUUUAGAAAAAGUAUCAAAUAUUUUUUAUGAUACGAAAACGGAUUUUUCUUCACGGAUAGUCAGUUAUCUCAUUCUGGCUGCUACCGUGGGCAUUUUGGUUUGGUAUUUAUUGUAUCUGUGUGAUUACACUAAUUAUAGCCCUUAAUAAAUUGAGGUGGCAUUGAUUGACACAUCGGGUGUGAAUUUUAUCAAUUGAAAAAUCAAAUUCACAUCUCUUUUAUUUAUAUUUGUGAAAAUUGUUUAUCGUAAUCGCUGUAGACAGAUCAUUGAAUCACCAAUCAGGAGUUCACUUAUCAUAGAAAAAAGUUUCGAUCACCGAGCAAUUUCUCAACUAGGAUAUACGAAAGUGAAGAAUGCUCAUUGCUCAAUCAAUGAUAAAGUUGAACAGUGCGUGAAAUUGUUAUUUUCCUUCGCUAUUACAACGAAGAGUGAAGUCAAUAAACGUAAAACCAAACGAUUCCGUGAUCAUUUAAUUUUUUUGGUGCAUUCAAGAGACAAACUGUCAUCAUAAAAAACGCCAAUCAUAUCAUCAUUUAAAAGUUUGCAACGAUUAUGCACACGCAAAAACGCAUUUCAAAAUCUGAAUUUGCCCAUCAAUUGAGAUUCUGAAUUCAGCAAAUGUUUUGUGCGACGGAUAAUUGUGUUAUUAGUUUUGAUUGAAUAGAAACCAGAGAGGGAGAGAAAGAGAAGUGGAAAAAAAUAGUAUGAAUAAAUUUUUGGUGCGUGCCGUCGAGCAAUUUUCUAUAAAUGCUGCUGAAAUCAAAAUAACCAAAUAAUUUCCUAAUUUGUUGAAUAGAACCAUUUCAAAAGAGAGUAACAAAUAACAAGAAGUUAAUCGACCGAACAACAACAAAAUGUGUUAUGAAUUUCAUUGAAUUAAGAACAUUUAAAGGAAAACUUGAACGCGCAAGACUUAAAAAGGAAAUAGACUUGUGACAAAUUUAUUUGAAUCUCAUGGUGUGAAUUAAAACAACGGGAAAAAGUGUUAUUUGUUUUGAUUUUCAUUCAUUUUUUUUUCUCGGAGAAUCAGUGCAUGAGGUCAGUCAACUGUGUACACAUGUCGGUGAUAGAAAUUUUUUGAAUAUUUCAUGUGCAUACGUCAACUAGGAGCUGCUACAUCAAACUACAUAUAAGUGGGGCCAUUCCUUAAAUCAAACGCGUUUAUAACUAUAUCGAAACGCAUGAUCGAAGAAUAAAACCAAGCGGAACAUUGUAAAAAGCGUUAAAAUUGUAUGAGCCGACUCCGUGCAACGCAUAAUUUGAAUUGGAUACAAAUGAAAAGGCACUCGAAAAAAAGGGAACUUUGAAGGAAAUAAUUAAUCGAGUUUUUUUUUCGCCAAACAACACUACCGUAUUUUAUUAAGGCCCGCAAAUUGAGUGUGCCUGCAAACGAAGAAGAGUGAUGUGUACAUCGUUGAAUAUAGAGCGCUUUUAACACAUUUGAUAUUGUACCCACCACGUGUAAAUGCUCUCGAUAUCCUGCCGCUUGAAUGGUAUCUCACAGCAGGUAGUCUAUAGUUCUCACCCAAAUUGAAUUGAAGAACGAAGAAGAUAUCAAGAAAAGUAAAGAGAAUAGAAAAACUAACACAGGAAAACGCCAGCAAAGGAAUAAAUAGCGAAACAACGACGACGACGGUGAGUGGUGAAGCAAAGAGACUGAACAAAAGGAAAGAAAACCCCGAAACGAAGAGAUUGAGGACACCGAAAAAGCGGCAGCAAAAACAGCAUCCAAAGAAGAGGAAUAGUUUACAAAUUAUCGUCAGUUGUUAUUAAACACAGCAUAUUAUAAAGAAGGAGAAAAAAGGUGUCAGAAACGACGACUUCAAACAAGGUUUCGGGUUCACGGUGCGACUAAAUUUGUAUUCGAAUACACACGCUUUAUUUUUGUAUUUGUAAUCAUUUUGGCGCUAAACCGAACUCAAAAGUGAAUUUCGGCAUUUUGUGUGCAUCAAUUUAUUAAACGGUGUAAUUUUUGAUUUGAUUAUUUGGUGGUUGUGAGCGAGAGCGCACGUCAAAUUCAGAGCCGGCCCGUCAAACAUACACACACACACCCACACACAAACACCCGCGAUCAGCUUGAUUUGUUCGUUACGAAAACGGAUCAGUGUAAUUGAUUGAUUUGUUCUGCGUGGCGUUUUCUAGAACAGCCUAACCAUACAUUUAGAUAAAGUGGCAACGAUCAGCGGCAACACGCUCAACUUCACAGAUUUGGGAAGCCCUUACGAGGGCAACCCAGGAACACCACAUUCCGGCAUCAUGGAUACGCCGGACGUGCCGCAUACACCAAAAUAUUUGGAUGGCGGAACUGUUGCAACAGCCGCCUCAAAUAAAUCCGCAUUCGUCGAACUGCAACAGCACGGAUAUGGCGGUAUCCGCGGCAGCUAUCAACAUUUUGGCAGCCAAGGUGGACAAGAUUCGGGUUUUCCAAGUCCUAGAAGUGCGCUCGGCUAUCCAUUUCCGCCGAUGCAUCAAAAUUCAUAUUCAGGUUAUCACUUAGGGAGCUAUGCGCCACCAUGUUCAAGCCCACCAAAAGACGACAAAUGCGAGGAUACAGGAUUACGGGUAAAUGGAAAAGGCAAAAAAAUGCGCAAACCACGAACCAUAUACAGUUCAUUACAAUUACAACAAUUAAAUCGACGGUUUCAACGAACGCAGUACCUAGCAUUACCAGAACGUGCUGAAUUGGCGGCGAGUUUGGGAUUAACACAAACACAAGUGAAAAUUUGGUUUCAAAAUCGGCGAUCGAAAUACAAGAAAAUGAUGAAAGCCGCACAAGGGCCAGGAGUCGGUGGCGGCAGCAGCGCCGGUGGAAUGCCGUUAGGAACACCAAAUCCAGGUUCUCACAGUCCAAAUCAUCAAACAAUGCAUCCAGGCGCACCUGGUUCAAGUAGUGGUUCACCUUCUCAUUUUCUACCUCCAGGUCAGAGUCCAACACCAUCGAGCACUCCAGUAUCCGAAUUAUCGCCAGGAUUAAGUCCACAAACUCAAGCACCUUGGGAUCAGAAACCACCACAUUGGUCUGACCACAAGCCUCCACAAAUGCAGACGCAUCAACCGCCUCCGCAAUCGCAUCCACCCCCUCAGAUGGGCGGCUACAUGCCACAGUAUUGGUAUCCUGAAACGAAUCCAUCACUAUUAACAGUAUGGCCAGCAGUUUAACAUGAAUAAAAUAACAAAUUAACCUAAAACUUCGUUUUUUUUAAAGAAAUCUGAACACGAUUCAAAAGUAAAAAAGAGAGUAAACAUUCAACAACAACAACAAAUCAUAAUAAUAAUAAUAAUAAUGAUAAUAAAUUAGAAAUUGGUUGGUGCAAAAGAGUGAUGAAUGUUAAUAAUUAGCCAAGUAAACCUGGUGUGUUUAAGUGAAUCUACGAUAUCGUAAUACAAAAUGAAAGCAGAAUAAUACAACACAGAAGAACGAACAAACGCUGAUCCCAUAGAUUUUAGGAUCAAAAAUAAAAUUGUAUUAAUGUAUAUCACACAUCUCAGCCAUCAAAAGGAAAAAAAAUGAUAAUCAAAUGAAUGAAACUGAAUUGAUUGAGAGUAUGAGAGAGAAAAAGGGAAAACUGGAUUUUGUUUUGAACUAAAUUGGACAUUCGCUACCAGAAUUGAACGAAAGAGCCAGAGAUCAAGAUUGAUACAUAAUGCCACACACGCAAGUAUACAUAAUGCAGUGAAUUAUUUAUUUAGCUAAAGGGAAAACACAAUUUUUUCAUAUAUGCAUGUAUGAAAUUCGAAUUAGACAUCAUUGGCCAUUAGAAACGUAUACAUUUUAAAGGAAAAUCACUUUCUUUAAAUUAAUCCUAAUUUUUAAAUCUUUAUAAUAACAACAACAAAAAUGAAGAAAACAAAAUUAUGUUUGGUUCAAUGAAAAAAAAAAUUUCGAGUCGGAGAUGGAAAAUCGUGCGAAUUUCAUUCUCUUUUAUUUUACCAAAUCAGUUUUUUUUCCAAAAAACACAUACGUACACACAACAAAAUGGCAUACAUAUAAAAUAGUUGGAAUUUCCAAUGAAUCUAAAACGUUAGAGAAAAUUCAAAACAAAAACACACUACAAACUAUACGAUCUCAAUCUGUUAUUGUUUUAUGUUCUCGAAGGGAAUGAAAGAUGAAAAUUCAUGUAUACACAUUCGAAAAAUCAAAUGAAUUUAAAUCCAUAUGGUGUAUGUAAGAUGGAAAACAAAGUUCAUACAUUGUAGUUUCUAACGGCUAUUAUUUUAUUCAGUUUUUUGUUCGUCUUUUUCAUGGGUUUAGGACAAUUUGACAGCAAUUUUUUUUCAUCUACAUUUUGGUUUGUUUCAAAAAUGAAAAAAAAUAAGAAGAAAAAAUAAUAAUAACAUCAAGAAUUCGUAAUAAAACAGAUUAUCUAUAAAUAAAGUACAUCUAAUUAAAACAAAAGAAAG